AUGCAACACAAUAUAAUAUUUAACACUGUGAAUAAUGUUGGUUUUAUUAUAUUAAAUCGACCGGAGUCCAAGAAUGCAUUAAAUCAAGAAAUGUAUAUUGAGCUUAAGCAAUAUCUACGGGAAUGGGAAAAAAAUAAGAAAUUGAUUAUCAUCAAAAGUGCAGUUGAAAACGUAUUCUCUGCGGGCGGAGACUUGAAGGCUGUGAAAAGUAAAACUGCCAAUCGGGCGUACUUCUCCAUUGUGUAUAACACAAUUUACUUAAUUGCAAAUUAUAAAAUACCGUAUGUGGCGUUCAUGAGUGGGAUUACGUUGGGAGGUGGUCUGGGCGUGUCGAUUCACGGUCAGUACAGAGUUGCAACCGACAGAACCGUAGUAGCAAUGCCAGAAGCUAGGCUGGGAUAUUUCCCUGAUGUUGGCGCAUCUUACUUUCUGCCUCGCCUUCCAGACUACGUCGGCACUUACAUGGGUUUGACUGGGGAAAAGAUAAAAGGUAACGAUGUGGUAACCAUAGGUCUCGGCACUCAUUUCGUAUCGAGCACUCGUCUUGAAGAAUUAGAAGAUGCACUAGUACGAACCUUGAAUAAAAUGGAAGUAGGGGUAAUUUUAAACAAAUUCAACGAACCAGCAGAGAACUCCACUUUGGCACCACAUUUUAACGACAUAAAGCUUUGCUUUUCCGCAUCGACCGUGGAAGGUAUAAUGGAACGGCUUAAGAGUGUAAACAACGAUUGGUCUAUCAAAACUAUCCAUACUUUGCAAAGUAUGUGCCCAGCCUCUCUAAAGAUUACACUUCGCGCACUUCAGAGGGGCGCCCAGAUGGAGCUGUUACCAUGUUUGAAAAUGGAAUAUCGGAUGAUAAGCAGAGUUUUUGAUAACCACGACUUUCGCGAAGGUGUUCGUGCUUACAUAACGCAGAAACAUCAGAAGCCAAAAUGGCAUCACAAAUCUAUCGGCGAUGUGGACGAAGAUCACGUGGAGUCUUACUUCAGAAAUCUCCCUGUAAAUGAAGAAUUUGUUUUGACUGCGUCUAAAAUAUAA